ACCUCACUGCCUCAGUAUUACUGGUGCACAUAGAAGUCUAAUCCUAUUCAUUUAUUAUAUUACAUACUCUGAAACGAAGUCGUCAACAACCUUAGAAAAUGACGCCAUGUUUCUGCUCUGUCACUCUGCCAUCAACCUCCAUCUCCAAGUUCAUCUCAGACCAACCUCAUCUGUCAUUGCUAGAAUCAAGAUGCUCCACCGUGAACGAUCUCAAGAAGAUUCACGCCCAACUCAUCAAAACCGGUCUCUCAAAACACACCAUGUUCGCCAGCCGUGUGUUGGCGUUAUGCUCCAAGUCUCCAAUCGACGACAUCAACUAUGCAUACAUGGUCUUCACUCAAAUUCCUAACCCAAACCUCUUUAUUUGGAACACUAUCAUUAGAGGCUUUGCUAAUAGCUCAACCCCACAAAUUGCAAUCUCUCUCUUCAUUGACAUGCUGCUCACUUCGCCAAUUCAACCACAGAGACUCACUUACCCUUCGGUGUUCAAGGCCUAUGCUCAACUUGGUCUAGCCCAUGAUGGAGCUCAGCUUCAUGGCAGGAUUAUCAAACUGGGUCUCCAAUUCGACCCCUUUAUACGAAAUACGAUUAUCUAUAUGUACAUGAAUUGUGGGUUUUUGGGCGAAGCCUGCAAAUUGUUUCGUGAAGAUACAGAUUUUGAUGUCGUUGCCUGGAAUUCUAUGAUUAUGGGUCUGGCUAAAUGUGGGGAAAUUAAUGAUGCGAGGAGGUUGUUCGAUAAAAUGCCAACAAGAAAUGAAGUUUCGUGGAAUAGCAUGAUUAGUGGGUAUGUAAGAAACGGGAUGUGGGUGGAAGCAUUGCAUCUUUUUAGCCGAAUGCAGGAGGAGAAUAUCAAGCUGAGCGAGUUUACAAUGGUGAGCUUGUUAAAUGCUUCGGCUCGAUUAGGAGCACUUAAACAAGGAGAAUGGAUUCACGGUUAUAUAAAGAAGAACAAUAUCGAAUCGAAUGUCAUUGUUACCACAGCAAUUGUAAAUAUGUAUUGCAAGUGUGGAAGCAUUGAAAAGGCGCGUGAAGUGUUUGAGACAGCCACCAUAAAAGGAUUAUCUUGUUGGAACUCCAUGAUCUUAGGCCUAGCAGUAAAUGGCUGUGAUGAUGAGGCAAUUCAGUUAUUCUCAAGGCUUGAAUCUUCAGAUAUUGAACCAGAUGAUGUUAGUUUCAUUGGUAUUUUAACGGCUUGUAAUCACUCAGGUUUGAUCGAUAAAGCAAAAGACUAUUUCUCGGUAAUGAUGAAGGCAUAUAGGAUUGAACCAUCAAUUAAGCACUAUGGUUGUAUGGUUGAUAUGCUUGGCCGAGCAGGACUCCUUGAAGAGGCAGAAGAGCUUAUAAAAAGUAUGCCCAUGAAUCCAGAUCCUGGUAUAUGGGGGUCUUUACUUUCAGCUUGUUGGAAGCAUGGUAAUACCGAGAUGGGUCAAUGGGCAGCGAAUAAUUUAAUAGAGUUGAGUCCGAGUGAAAGCUGUGGUUAUCUACUUAUGUCAAAUGUUUAUGCCGCAGCUGGUCAUUUUGAGAAGGCAAUGCAGGAGAGGAUUUCAAUGAAAGACAAGAAGAUAGAGAAACAACCAGGAUGCAGUUUGAUUGAAGUGAAUGGGGAAGUUCAUGAGUUUUUAGCUGGUGGAAGGUUGCAUCCUCAAGUCCAAAAGAUAUGUCAUUUAUUGAAUGACUUGAUGUUACAAGAAAUGGAGCAUGUCAAAAAUAGUUAACAUGUUGCCGAU